CGUACACAUGGGUAUUUCCGUCUCUUAUGCUUGGUGAUCUGUUUUAGUCCUGAAAUAUUGUGUGCAUGUGUAUAUGUGUGUGUAUUUAGUUGUUUUUAUGACGUUUUGUUUACGAAUAAUGAAUAUCCUUUCGGAACCCAGCCUUGUCCUAAAGACAAACUUUUAGCAUCACCCAGUGUGCUACGCUGGUUUUCUAGGUCACAGCAUGUGGAGAAGCACAGUGAAGUCGUUUUUAUGGCGAACCGAAGGACUCAAUAUAAUCAACAAUUUCCAUGGAUCCUGCAGCAGAGGUGCGUGUGAGAGGACGUGGGUCAUGCCUUCGGGAUUUGACACCGGUUUAAAGACUUUCAACAGCCUCACCAAACAGAAAGAGCCUCUGAUUCUGGCUCGGGAGGGAAUAGCCACUUGGUACAGCUGUGGACCCACCGUGUAUGACCAUGCCCACCUUGGUCAUGCAUGUUCCUACGUCAGGUUUGAUGUCCUGCAGAGGAUUUUGUCCAGGUUGUUUGGCAUCACGGUCAUCCAUGCUAUGGUAAUCACAGACAUCGAUGACAAAAUCAUCAAAAGAGGAUGGGAGGAGAAUAUCUCUCCCACCAUCAUCGCCAGAAUGUAUGAAGAGGAAUUUAAGAAGGACAUGAUGUCAUUGAAGGUGAUUCCUCCUGCAGCGUAUAUAAGAGUCACUGAGAAUGUACCACAAAUUGUGGCGUUCAUCCAGAGGAUUAUCGAGCACGGAAAAGCUUAUGCCACCAAAGAAGGUGAUGUGUACUUUGAUAUCCAGGCCAUUGGGCAACGCUACGGCAAGUUUGGUGGAGCUGUGGAUUCUCAGGAAGAAUCUGGCAGUUCCGGGAAAAAAGACGUGCGGGACUUUGCUCUGUGGAAGCGAGCUAAACCACACCAACCCUACUGGGAAUCUCCAUGGGGCCCAGGAAGACCAGGGUGGCAUAUAGAGUGUUCUACCAUAGCAAGCUCUGUGUUUGGGAGUCAGCUGGAUAUCCACUCAGGAGGUGUGGACCUGGCCUUCCCUCACCAUGAAAAUGAGGUGGCACAGAGUGAAGCCUAUCAUCAGUGUGACCAGUGGUCCAAUUACUUCUUGCACUCAGGACAUUUACAUCUCAAAGGCAGUGCAGAGAAAAUGUCUAAAUCUCUGAAGAACUACAUCACCAUCAAGGACUUCCUACAGUCUCACUCAGCCAAUGAGUUCCGGAUGUUCUGCCUCUUGACCAAAUAUAGAUCAGCUAUUGACUACAGCAACAGCAGCAUGUCGGAAGCUCGGAUCUCCCUGGCAACAAUCUCUAACUUCUUUAGUGAUGCUCAGUCGUACAUGAAGGGCCAGCUGCAGUGUUUGCCAGUGCAGGAUGCGUUUCUCUGGGAGAGGUUGGCUCAGACAAAAGCUCACGUGACAGCCGCUCUGGCUGAUGACUUUGACACCCCUCGAGCUAUGAGUGCCAUCAUGGAUUUGGUUUACCAUGGAAACUGCCAGCUACAGCCCAUUUCCUCUUCUGCUGGAGCAGAUAGAAGUCCAGCAGUGUUUGGAGCCAUGACGGCCUAUAUCAGAGACAUCUUGGACGUGUUUGGGAUUGAACCGUUUCACAGCAAGGUAAGCAUGCACAUGGAACCAACCAAUACAACAGGAGUCAUAUACACGUCUGUACUGUACAUGCAGGAGACUGAGGUGAUGAGCCACUCUGGAAGCCUCCAGGCUGUCGUCGAUCAACUGACUCAAUUCCGAAGUGAAGUCAGAGCAUUUGCUCUCGCCCAACAAACGACUACUUCCAAGAAGCCAGCACUUUAUCCAGAAAGAAUCCCCCUCCUUAAAGCCAGUGAUGAUCUAAGGAAUAACCUGGCACCUCUUGGCGUGCUUAUAAAGGAUCGAGGAGCCACCUCCACAUGGGAGUUAACGAAGGGAAAAGAGGAUCAGAAAUCACAGGAUGAAAUGCAGCAGACACCUGUCUGAAAAUGGUGCCUGAAUGGACUCAAAUGAUGUGAUUAAAGAAAGAAAAAAUGUCUUUACUGAGCAAGAACAUCAAGAAAUUAGAAGACAAAAAAGUACUCCUAAAGGAGCACAUGAAACUGGACUCUUGUUUUUUUAAUUUAAAAAAAUGAUAUGUCCUGAAAAUCUCUCCAAAAAGAAAGGCUGCGAUGGCCAAAAUCUUUUUGACAAAUGUUUGGUACAUUGCAUUAAGUCUUGAGGAAUAAUUGAAAGGGUUAAGUUGCAUGACAGCAACAAGGUUGGGCUAGAAGGUCCAUGAUACUGUACCUUGUGCAGCUUCAGGAAAAUGUUGCUCUUUUUAGGUAAGACAAAGACAGUGGCGCUAACAAACCACAGAACUGAUUUAAACAUAAAACUCUGCUCAAGCCCUGCACAAAGGUGUGAGAUCACUGUAGACCAAUCGAAUAUUCAGCAGCAGAUCAAGUCCUGUUCUCAGGUUGUGCUACGGAUCACUGGAGUCAGAUUGAUCAAAGAGUUACUGGCCUUGGCCAGCACCGUGAUGGAAACCCUGCCUCUUUGUUUUAUGAACUGAGCCACAGAAUCCAGUUCCGCUGGAGUGAUGGAAAUGAACUUCCCCCUGUCAUCAAUUACCCCUGGAAAAAAAAUAUGCUAUGAUUAUUAUCUGUUAAUUGUAUACCGUAGAUAUAUUUACAGUGCUCUCCAGAAGUAUUGGAAUAGUAAGGCCAAUUCAUUUUUUUUCUGUAGACUGAAAACAUCUGGUUUUGACAUCAAAAGAUGAAUAUGAGACCAGACACCGACAUUUUAGCUUGUAUUUCCAGGUAUUUACAUCUGGAUCUGAUGCACAACUUAGAAAAUAGCACCUUUUGUUUGAUCACAGCCAUUUUUCAUGUGAGCAAAAAUAUUGCAACGUGUGACAGACUGUGUGUUAUGUUGCUCAGGUGUGUCUGGCUGCAUUGGUCAAUAAAUAGCACUGCCUCAACAAAAUAUCUUUGUAAGGAAUGCACACAUAAUGCAACAAUAUUAAUAUUUAUCAUUUAUACACUCCUGAUCAACAUUUUAAGACCAGUGGAAAAAUUGCAAUUGAAAUUGCAAAAGAAUUUACAUUUUUACACAGUUGGAUCCUAAGAAGGUUCUAGGUAGAGCCUCAAAAGGCAAAAAGAAAAAAUGGGAUUGAGACAAAUUUAUUUUGAGUAAGCAAUUUAUUGCAACCAUACUGAUGUCCAUUUUUGUAACCUUCCCAUGCCAUCCAUCCCCAAAUGUUCUCAAUUGGAUUUAGAACAGGGGAACACACAGGAUGGUCCAAAAGAAUGAUGUUAUUCCUCUGGAAGGCGGGCAUUGUAAACUGCAGCGUUGUCCUGUUGAAAAAGCUAGUCAUUACCACACAGAUGCUCCCUGCAACAUCUCCACAGCCAGCUGCCAUUUGACGCCCCCUGCGCAACCUGAAGCUCCACUCCAUUGAAGGAAAAAGCACUCCAGAUCAUGAUGGCGCGCCUGCCACUGUGGCUUGUGGAAAACAUCUCGUGGGGUCUCCUUGUCGUGUCACUAAUGUUGGAAGCCAUGAGGACUGUCAAGGUUACAUUUUUUCUCAUCAGAAAAUAAAACCUUCUCCCACCUUUCUAUGUCCCAUUUUUAUUUGCUCUCAGGCAAAUUCCAAACGGGCAAUUUUGUGGCCUUGAAGGACACGAGGCCUUUGGAGAUGUUUUUUGUUCUUUUAAAACCACUGGGCCCAGGAUGGUCCCAUGUCCUGACGGACAGCCAAUCAAAUGCUGCGACUCAGAGCCGGUGACAUUUUUUGGGGUCUACCACUGGAUUUUUUUGUUCCAUAAUGCUGAUGAGCUUUUAAGAAAGUUUAAAAUCUCUCUUACUGCAUCCAACCUCAGCAACUGCGAAAGGCUUUCCUUAUACAGCUCAAUAACCCAACCGCAUUCAGAGAGAAAGCUUUUUUGCCUUUGCCAUCAAGAGAUCAUGACAUUGUGAAUACCUGACUCCACAUUUUUUGCCAUGAUUUGGGCUUUUAAAGGCUGUGGUCUUAAACUUUUGAUCAGUUGAUAAACUGUAUUUCAUGUUGUCGUUUCAUGGUUGUUUGCAAUAAAUUGUAUACUCAAAUUUUUUUCCGUCUCACUCCCAUUUCUUCUUUUUGCAUUUUGAAGCCCUACUUAGAACCUCCUUAAGAUCCAACACAGCAAAAUGUAAAUUCUUGAAAUUUUUCCUUGUUAUCCUGAAGAUGGAUUGUUACAAACCUGUGAGAGAGCCUUCUGCUAGCAGAUCCUGCAGUCUACCA